GUCGCCCCACAGCGCUAGUCUGCCAUGGCCCGGGAGAACGGCGAGAGCAGCUCUUCCUGGAAGAAGCAAGCGGAAGACAUAAAGAAGAUCUUCGAGUUCAAGGAGACCCUCGGAACUGGGGCCUUUUCUGAAGUGGUUUUAGCUGAAGAAAAAGCAACUGGGAAACUCUUCGCAGUGAAGUGCAUCCCGAAGAAGGCGCUGAAGGGCAAAGAGAGCAGCAUCGAGAAUGAGAUCGCCGUUCUUAGAAAGAUUAAGCAUGAAAACAUUGUUGCCCUGGAAGAUAUUUACGAGAGCCCGAAUCACCUGUACUUGGUCAUGCAACUUGUGUCCGGUGGAGAACUCUUUGAUCGGAUAGUGGAGAAGGGGUUUUACACAGAGAAAGACGCCAGCACUCUCAUCCGCCAGGUCCUGGACGCCGUGUACUAUCUCCACAGGAUGGGCAUCGUCCACAGGGACCUCAAGCCUGAAAAUCUCUUGUACUACAGUCAAGAUGAGGAGUCCAAAAUAAUGAUCAGUGACUUUGGUUUGUCAAAAAUGGAGGGCAAAGGAGAUGUGAUGUCCACAGCCUGUGGGACCCCAGGCUACGUUGCUCCUGAAGUUCUUGCUCAGAAACCAUACAGCAAAGCUGUUGACUGCUGGUCCAUUGGGGUGAUCGCCUACAUCUUGCUCUGUGGCUACCCUCCUUUUUAUGAUGAAAAUGACUCGAAGCUGUUUGAGCAGAUCCUCAAGGCAGAAUAUGAGUUUGAUUCCCCCUACUGGGAUGACAUCUCUGACUCUGCAAAAGACUUCAUUCGGAAUCUGAUGGAGAAAGACCCAAAUAAAAGAUACACAUGUGAGCAGGCCGCUCGGCAUCCAUGGAUUGCAGGUGACACCGCCCUCAGCAAAAACAUUCAUGAAUCCGUCAGCGCCCAGAUCCGGAAGAAUUUUGCAAAGAGCAAAUGGAGACAAGCGUUCAAUGCCACAGCCGUCGUGAGACACAUGAGAAGACUACAGCUCGGCAGCAGCCUGGACAGUUCAAAUGCAAGUGUCUCAAGCAACCUCAGUUUGGCGAGCCAAAAAGAUUGUGCGUCUGGCACCUUCCACGCUCUGUAGUUUCCUUUCUUCUUCGUCGGGGGUCACAGGAGUCGGAGCUGAGAGGAGACCCAGGCCCACCACUGUGACGACAGGGCACACUGGAAGCAAGUGACCCGGCUCUGGAGGUGGGACCCAGGGGGCGGAGCCGGGGAAGGGGAAGCCCCAGGCCGGAGCAGCUCCAGCAUCGGAGACCCCACCCACCCUGCAUGGUGCGCCUGCAUAGGACUGGAAGACAGAAGUUUUUUAUGGCCAUAUUUUAUACUGCAAUUCUGAUGUGUUCAUUUCUCACAAACUGUACUGACUCAAGGGGAGCUGACUUCACAGGAUCUGGUGCUGUAUAUACGAAUCUUGCAAGGCUCUAACUGAAUGGACCUUCUUGCUCCCUUCCCCCAACUCCACCACUUCCGCUCUCUCGGUGUAGGAAGCCAUCUAGGGUGUAUUUUUUUUCAUGAAAAAAAAAAAAAGGUUUCAACUGGAUUAUUUAAAUAUUGGUAAAUGUUGUGCAUUAGAAUUCUUUUUUUUUCUUUUUGAGACGUGUCUUUUUUGAUCUCUUGUCAGUUACAUGACCUCUCUCAUUCGCUCCUUUAAUGGUGGCUUUAUGUUACCUUUAAGAGAUUUUUUUUAAUCCAGGAGGAGUUAAAAGGUAUUUUUUAAAAUUCUAAGAGGAUCAAGAAUCCGUCUCCAAGGCGGAGUGCACUUUACUUGUGUUCCCUGGCCCUUGGGAGGUCACCCCACCCCUGGGCUGGGCAGGCUUCUCUCCAGGUGGCUUUUGGCAAGGAACCUGCAGAAAACCUUACCAGCAGCUUCCCCUGAGAGCCCCUAACCAGCCACAGAAGAGAGAACCUUGUUUCUGCCCUAAAUUCCAGGCUCCACAUUACAGGUGAACUGCGCUCUAGGAACAGGAUUCCCGCAGGGCAUAGGCGCCCCCCUUAGAGGUGGGACAGGCCGCCAUCUUGUUUUUAAAAUGAACCACACACAGCCCUCAUCUCUCAUGGGGGAUGAUGGAUGAAACUCUGUUUCUCAGCUAUGCACUUUCAAAACAACUCUCUCUCUCUCUCUGUUUGUUUUAAUUUUUUAUUUUAAUUUCUAAUGCUACCCUUCAAAUGGCCUAUAGCACAGACUUUCCCCCUCCACAAUUUUACCCUAUUCUCUCAUGAAUAUUAGCCAAGGGAGGGGACAGAAAAGGCUCUAAAGAAGAAACCUUUUUGUUAGGUGAGAAGGAAAGGCUCCAGGUGAGCAGGAUACGGCCCACCUCAGAGAUGGCUGACUCAGCAAGGUCCAGCUAGUACAUAAGCCUUCCCUUACAUCAGAGGAAUCUAAAAUGAAAAGCAGCUAGGGUAGUCAGGGAAUUGUAUGCCCUGGUUUGCUAGGGACUGAAGAAUUUCCCCAGAUAUGGAACUUGAAGGCUAAAGUCAGGACUGUCCUAUGAAAACCAGUCCAUGUCAUUGACCUGCACAGUGGUUAGAUAUAGGAGAAGAGCAGGCACAGAGCAUAGGCCAGGGCAGACGUUCUCCAAGGAGGCUCUCAGACCUAGGCAAAUAGCUCAAAUGUCAGUUUUGCCCAUGUUCCCCUUCAGCCCUCAUGUCUGUUUAAAACCUGAGCCUCAGUGGCAGUCAGCUGUAGCCAACCAAGAUGGGCUGUGAUAGGUGUCCCUGAUGGCCCAGGCACAGUCCUGAGGUGGUUGUCCUCAUACCCCUCUCAGUCCUGCUAGACCAGUAAGUCAUCCUUGUCACUUGUACACUUUUACCUCUAGCCCUCCCCAGUGCGCACACACACACACACACACACACACACACACACACACACACACACAAUCACUAGCGAAGCAGCUCCAGUCCCCCAAAGAACCCAGUGCAAGAUACCUAAGAGCAGUUCCAAAGUCAGACAUCUGGUCUACCUGUUCCCACUUGCAUCAUAAGCUCCCAAAAGCUUAGUGAGAAUCCUGCCACACAAGCCCAAAGAAGAGUAGCAGUUUGAAGCUGUCAUUUCCAAAUCUAUAGACCUCUUGGGAAGAGUUUCUAAGAUGACAACAGACCCAGUUGGAAAGCAGAUGCCACUGAGUAUGGAGACUUACUUACCUACUCCACCCUUCAGAAAGGCAAUGAAAUAAAUAUUACAAACAGUAUUUAAGAAAACCCAGAAAUGUUUCUAAAGAAGUUUAUAGGAUAUUUCCUACCAACAAGUGUCAUGGGAAUAUCCAAGUUCAUAUAAUUAAUAAAAAAAAUGCAGGUGUGCUUGGUGGGCUAUAAUUAUAACACUUGGGAGGCUGAGGCAGAAGGAUCUCAGUUUCUAUGCAUUCUGAGCUAAUUAGUAAAUCCUUAUCUCAAAAGGAAAGAAAGGAGGAAGGAAGGAGGUAGGUUGGUGGGUUGCUGCAGUAGAUGAUUUUACCUGAGUUUAACCUGUCAUGUGUUAGCCCUUUAUGCUGUAUGGUACACAUAACUAUUUGCACCUACAAAGUAACAUUAUUAUUAGUGAUGAAAAGACUUCAUAGAGCUGGUAUAUGGGUACAUGGACUACAUAUAAAUAUAUAUGAACUACAAAUAAACACAGAACAGUUGAAGAGUGAACCCUGGUACAGGUGUCUACCUUGCAAUCAACUAUGCUUGAUUCAACCUUGACACAUGGGGUCUCCAUGAGCUGGUGUAAAGAAGAUGAUUGCGAGUGCCAGCCCUGUAGAAGAUAAGGCUGAACAUGUCUCCAGGAAGCACAUACAUGAUGUCACUAACUUGGGUUAUUUCCUACUAUUUUAAGAAAGGUGAAAACAUGUACCACCCAAGUCUUCCAUUCUGAGAAAGUCAGGAUGGUAGAAAGAUGAAGUUUCACUACCAGUUGGUAUUGUUAUAGAAUAAUCUAUCAGACCAUAGAAUGGACUUAGUCUUAAGAGCUGGAAAAUGGGGUGGCAGAGUCUUGGCUCCCUCACUCUUGUUAGAUUCCGCUGACAUAGUCUGAGAAUUUCCUGCACAUACCAGUAUGCUUGGCAGCAUCCUGUGGACACACAGGCCUCUCCCUCUCAGAUUGCUUUCCUAAUAUCAAGCUCUUACCAGCCCCCCCCCCCACUAUAGCCUCUUCACAUUUUCUGAGCAAAUGGAUAUUUAUUUCUUUACUUGGUUAUGAAAUUUUGAAAUAUUUCCAGAAUAUUCUUUCCUUCUUCCUACCUGUCCCUCCCUCUUUUCCUGGCCUUCACCCAUACCUGAGGCAGAAAGGGCAUCUAACACUCAUUUAAAACCAACAGUGAAUCAGAGGGGAGCCCCUUCAGCUCCAAGGCCAAUAGCUUGUCCUUCCUAACCACGGAAUCUGUAGAGUUGGGAGCUUCGUGUGGGGGUUAGGGAGGGACAAAGGCAGCUGGAGGCUGGAGGGACAGGGUCUGCCACAAAACUCUUGAGGAAAUGGGAGCUGCCCAGUGACUGGGACAGCGACCCCAGUGUCAGAGGCCUUUGUAAGAAGCCUGGCUCCUUUUUUAUCCCUUCCUACUGCCUCUAACCCCAAAGGGACUCUGGCUCCAGAAAAAUCAGCUGCCAUUCACCUCUGUGUGUGAAAGGAAAGAACUCUGGAGAAGGCAUUGAAACAACCCAAAAAGUAUGGAUUCCUGCCCUUGACCUUGAUUCUGGGUCACUUCUAAAAUGCCACCUUGAGUCUCCAGCCAUACCACUUCAACCGUGCCCAAUGUCAUCUAAGAUGCCUCCUUAAGAAGACAGCCACAUCCAUUUGCACAUUGUGGUUUUGAGAGACUUCCAAGCUUCAGAAAUCUCUGAGUGUGGUAUCUGAGGAACACGGCAAUUGGCUCAGUGAAUUCCAGACACUGUUUACCUCCUUAACCUUUUUGUGUCUAUACCGCAAUGCCCAGCUUGGGCUGGAUAGCUUGUAGAUGGCAGAGAGAACUGGCCUUUACACCACAGGACAAGAAUGGUGUGGACACUGGAGAAGGAACCAGCUGGUCCCCUCUUGAGAGGUUGAUCUCCCAUGGGAUACAAAAUGUGGUAUGGUCAGCACUCAGGUUUGAUGUUUUAUGAGCAUGUUUAAACAGUAGGGAAAGCCCACCCAGUGGAAAUGACUGGGAUUUUAGACCUAGGUAUCCCUUUGGCCCACUCAGAGUUAUGGCCAGAACUGACAUUUCACGCUGGGGAAACCAUCCUGGUGCCAUUAUUCCAGGCUGCAGGCAGGAAACCUGGGGCCAGCAGCGCCUCUUCCUUGCAAGAUUUGUGCAAGGGCUGUGCUGGGUUUUCCUAGGCCACAAGGAAGGAAGGUGAGGGCCGGUGAAGGACAGCUCCUUCCAUUUUUCAUAACCAGAAAUCGGGUUUUUCGGGUUUGCACAAUCACUCUGAGCAAGUGAGAUAUGGGCCCUGCUUGCAUGCCCUACAGAACCCGUGCUAGGUCCCCAUCCCUUCUCCUCACAUUCCAACAAUUGCCUUUCCCUUGAAUACAUUCCAGACCAAACACUGUUCAGUUUGUUUCCAAAAUUAAAAACCAAUGUAUAUAUCUGUAUGUACUCCACCUCUCUUUAAGGGGUUACCUGGUCCUAGGUUGGAGCUGCAAGCAGAAAAGGUAUUCCCAUCCUUCAGUUUUCAGAAUUGAAAGUUUUGAGGUGGUUUUUUUGUUUGUUUGUUUGUUUGUUUGCUUAUUUGUUUUUUAAGCCAAGCUGGGGAAGCAGAUUUUUGAAAGGCAAACUUACUUCCUGCUACCUCUACAAAGAUUUGUGUGCAGGUGAGUUAGCUUGAAAACUUCAACCCUGGGUAGCAGGCAGGUCUAAGGAAGAGGAGGAGGAGGAAAGGCCAUACCCCAUCCACCAGGGCCCUUCUUGGUGGUCUCAGUGCAUCACGGUCUGCCUACUGCUCUGGUGUGUGCACUGGAGCCCAGCUGUGAAGUCGGCCCUGCAUGCUGGCCACAGCCUGGCCUGCCUUCUGCCAGCAGCCGAAGUCUUCACAAUCAGCAGGGAGGACUGUGCCCUGUGUCGCCUCCCUGUGACCUCCAGUGGGAGCAGCUCAGCUUGUGGCUUUACGGGUUCCACUCUUGCAAACCCAAAGGCUGCGCAUUUGGAAGCCAAACAUUCAGUUCAGCAUGUGGCUGCCGUGGCUGGUUUCGUGGACAAAGCAAGCUGUGGAAUGGCUUCUCUGUGUCUGUGUUUUUCUAAGCCAAAGGGACAAACAGUUGCAUCGACCCCUUGUAUUAAAGCCGCUUCUGCAUCCUCCAUACCCGCUUUUAACCUUGUCUCUGGGGAGUUUGUUACAUAAUUACCGUGUCCUCUGAUGAUUUUCCAAACUAUGUUACUUAUAGGUGAUUUUAUUUUCCUUAUGGAUGGGAAAAAUGGUAAAGCUGAGACAUGUUUGAGGCUUUAGUCAAAGACAUCACUCAAAAGUCCCAAACACUAGUUAACUUGCUUCUCAAUGGGGAAAAAAAAGUCUUAGUUUGAACAGACAAGGAUUCUGAGGCCCUCCUGGAUAACCCUGCACUUUGGAAAACCAAGCAGGGGGGUUGGGGGGGCAGAGCUGGCAGUUGGGCUACAAAAGAGAGAAAGAAGGGCCUAGAACAUCAGCUCAGGUGUUUGUCCCACACUGCGGAAUCUGUGGUUCUCCUUGCAAGGUACUUGGCCAUUUCAGGCAAUGUAAGACAGUGUCCAGUAUCACAGCAGUAUCAUCAGUUUGAGAGACCGCAUGUUUCAGAGAACAUUUAUCUUAGUCCCACAUUCAGGUGAGAAGACACCAAAGGUACAUUCUUUCCAGCACAUCCAUUGGAACGAGGUCUAAAUUGGCUUCUGUGGCUAUAUAUGAUGUAAUUGGCCUUCAUCAAGCUCUCUCCCAACAGUGGGCAUGUUUUCCCAACAGCUUCCACCGUCAAACCCAGGAUCGGCCCCAUUCACUAUGACCAGGCUUGCAAUUGGUUUGGUUUUUUUCAUACAUGCUUGUCCAAAAAAAAUUUUUUUUAAAGUAAAAGAAGGGAAACUGUGCAUUUAUCCCAUGCAUGUAAUAAACUCUGCAAGAAGUUUAACCCCCAUAGGUUUGCGGCACUGCAAAAUUGUUCAUGGGUCUAUGUAGCAAAUGAUUCUCUGCCUUGACAAUCAUGUAUACAUAUCGAUUUCUAUCAUAAUGAUAAUGAGAUUGAUGACUUCUUGUUUUCCUCCAAUAAAGAGAAUUAAUCACCUUUG